AUGAUGAAGCUUCAAAUUUCACAUAUUCUCAAACAGUUGCUCCUGUUCUUCUCUCUUCUCCGAUUCUCAUGCGAAGCGAAUCAAAUCGAAAAACUCAACGAGUUGAUCAAGUCUCGGAGAUCGGUAAAUCCUCCUCGAGCUGAGUCAUGGGCUAGUUUAGAUGAGUUAAAUGGACAAUAUUUAUCUCCCCUUUAUGUUGGAAGCCAUGAAGGGUUAAAGGAAGCUAACAAGAUUGAAGCUUUGCCGGGACAACCUGAAGGAGUGGACUUUAACCAAUACUCGGGCUAUGUCACGGUCGACCCUAGAGCUGGGAGAGCAUUAUUCUACUACUUUGUUGAGUCACCCCAAGAUUCUGCAACCAAGCCUUUGGUUUUGUGGUUAAAUGGAGGGCCAGGAUGCUCAUCUUUUGGAUAUGGAGCCAUGGAAGAACUGGGACCUUUCAGAGUCAACAGCGAUGGAAAAACACUUUACCUAAAUGAAUAUGCGUGGAACAAGGCGGCAAAUGUGAUCUUCUUGGAGUCCCCAGCAGGAGUGGGGUUUUCUUACUCCAACAGAUCCUCCGACUACUACAACGUCGGCGACAAGCGCACGGCUAUAGACUCGUACAUUUUUCUUGUGAACUGGCUAGAGAGAUUUCCUGAAUACAAAAACCGCGAUUUUUUUAUUGCUGGGGAGAGCUAUGCUGGUCAUUAUGUGCCUCAACUGGCACACACCAUUCUCUCCAACAACAAUAAUACAAAGAGAACCGUAAUCAACCUUAAAGGCAUCGCUAUUGGGAAUGCUUGGAUCGAUGAUAAAACUGGUGAGCAGGGAACGUACGAUUACUUUUGGACACAUGCAUUGACCUCCGACGAGAGCCAAGCAGGAAUACUAAAGUAUUGCGACUUUGUUAAUUAUACCAGCCUCUGUGACAAAUAUCUCAGUCAAGCAGACAACGAGGUGGGAUAUAUUGAUAUUUACAAUAUUUAUGCUCCAAUGUGCAAAAGCUCAGCACCCAAAUCUUCUACUGGUUCCGUAUAUGAUUUUGAUCCUUGCUCCGAUGAUUAUGUCUAUAACUAUCUGAAUCUUAAGGAGGUACAAACAUCUCUUCAUGUCAGACCAACACAGUGGUCAAGUUGCAGUGGCGUUGGAUGGACAGACAGCCCAACCACCAUUCUACCAACAUUAAAGCAGCUUAUAGCUUAUGGAAUUAGUGUCUGGGUAUACAGUGGAGACACUGAUGGGCGAGUACCAGUGACAUCCUCGAGGUACUCAAUAAACACUUUGAAACUACCAGUUGUAAAUGCUUGGCGCCCCUGGUAUUCUAGCCAAGAGGUUGGAGGACAUGUAGUUCAGUACAAAGGAUUGACACUUACCACAGUAAGGGGUGCUGGGCAUUUGGUUCCGAGCUACCAACCAGAACGAGCGCUGACCCUGAUCUCAUCUUUCCUUCAGAGGAAGCUUCCUCCACCUUCCUGAAAAAAAUCUGCUUAACCUGACAUGAUUAUUCUCUCAUUGUGAGAGCAUCCACAUAAUUGUCACUAAAACUCAGCAGUACUUUAUUUUUUUCUUUAAAAUAUCCCACUUAAUAAGAAGCU